AUGAGUAGCAAAGAUUUGAUGCCUGAAAAACCGGAAGAAAAAAAGAUGAGUAAAGAGGAAUUACUAGUCAGUUAUCGAAAUCGCCCGCUUACUAACAAAAAAAUAAAAAAAAUGAAAAGGACUAAACAACCCAAGCAAAAGAGGGAGAAAAGGAAGUAUGGCUUUUUGGCCCGGAUGAAGAAAAAUUAUACCGUAGUAGUAGCCCGCCGAAAAAAAGAGGAAACCGAAAAAUUUUUCUUAACUUUAAUAGGAGCGAGCCUCCAAGGGUUUCUUUUUAAUUUGGAUGGGGUAGUCACUACUCUCUUAAAAUCUCCUUUCGGUCAAAUAUGUUUUGUGAUUAAUAGGUCGGGUCUAAUGGCAGAAGAAGAAAAAGACUGGGUCAUCGAUGGUCUAACUGAAAUUAACGAACAAUGUAAGGAAACUCUAAAAAAAUUAGGAUUGUUGGCUCUCGUUAGCAAGUUGGGAAAAUUAUUGGAAGCAGUAUGA